UAAAGAGGCACAAACUGUUCUCCACCGUGGCACCUCGCAAGGAUACCCGGUUUUACUGGCUAUGUGGUACCCGGUUGUGCCCCACGCCUCAGAAGUAAUGUAACAUUAUGGUUUUGAUUGCGAAAUAGUAGUUAAAACAUGUUGUAUGUGUGGUGUCACCGCCAGACACCACACUUGCUAGGUGGUAGUUUAAAUCGGUCGCGGUUCAUUUAGUACAUGUCGGACCCGCGUGUCGCCACUGUGUGAUCGCAGACCUAGCGCCACCACAAGGCAGGUCUCGUGAUACGAACAAGCACUCUCCCCAGUUGUACGGACGACCUAGCUAGCGACUAGAUGUACGAAGCCUUUCUCUCUCAUUAGCCGAGAGACAGAAUAGCCUUCAGGUAAGUUAAUGGCUACGAACUAGCAAGGCGCCAUUAGCCUUACAGUGAUUGUAAUUAAAGUCUCCUGUGUAUAGUCAAGAGCGAUGUACCACAAUGAUUGAUUAAAGAUAAGUAUUAAUCCAGCUACGUACUUUUCUUCAUAGCAUUAAUUACGUAGCCUGUUCCAGUACUUCACGCCUGUCUGCGUUAGUCUAGCGUGCAUUUUCAGCCAUCUCGAUCUCCAAGGUGUUGGCCCAGCUGCCGACACAUCACAUGGCGACGAGUCUACAAAGGAUCUUGUGUUUUACUUUGCCCUACUUUAUUUGUGUCAUAGCUUCGCCACAUUCUCCAGAUGUACUGUCCGAAUUUUAUCGCUUGCAGAAUCAGCAGACGCAGGCGUUAUUGGAUGCCCUUGGACAGCUGGUCCAGGGUCAACGUGCCAUUCAAACCGAUGCGGCCGCCGCCGCUUCACCGCUACCGCAGCCACAACUCGCAGUUGCACCGCCUUUUAGGCACUACGACCCGAACCACGAGACUUGGCAGGAAUGGUCCCGCCAGUUUGCCUUCCACCUCGCCGCCUACAGAAUUCAAGCGACGGUGCCGUCCGGUCAGCGCCCUGGGGACCCAUCUACUGGCUCGCCUCAUCCCCAGGUGUUACCGACGAUGCCUUCCAUUUUGCCCCAUGGCGACGCGCCGCCGCAGCCGCCGCCGCCGCCGCCGCCGCCGUCGCCUGUUCUCCCGCCGGCGCCGCCCGCAUUCGACGCUUCGCUGCAGCCGCCAAGCGCCUCCCAGGGUCCCGCGCCGCCGAUCGCUUCACGUGACCAGCUGUCCUCCGCCAUGGAACUCCCGCCCGCUCCGGACCACAUGACGUCAUCGCGCGUCGGCUACCCCGACGCAAUGGAGGUCGACCCUUCGGCCGCUCCUGUUUCUUUACGGGCGCAUACACCGCAUGUUGACGUGCACCCUGGACUAGGUUUUCAGGCGUUUCCUAGCUCCCCUCGGACCGAAUGGCUGGGUGCGGGUGGCACAGCCUCGCCUGUUGUUAGGCUCCCCACCUCAUCGCAUACGUCAACAUGGGGUCCUCCCCUUGGCAGGCGGAAGCCUUAUCUCACGACCGUUCGCCGAUUUGCGGGGGAGGAAUGUGGUGUCACCGCCAGACACCACACUUGCUAGGUGGUAGUUUAAAUCGACCGCGGUCCAUUUAGUACAUGUCGGACCCGCGUGUCGCCACUGUGUGAUCGCAGACCUAGCGCCACCACAAGGCAGGUCUCGUGAUACGAACAAGCACUCUCCCCAGUUGUACGGACGACCUAGCUAGCGACUAGAUGUACGAAGCCUUUCUCUCUCAUUAGCCGAGAGACAGAAUAGCCUUCAGGUAAGUUAAUGGCUACGAACUAGCAAGGCGCCAUUAGCCUUACAGUGAUUGUAAUUAAAGUCUCCUGUGUAUAGUCAAGAGCGAUGUACCACAAUGAUUGAUUAAAGAUAAGUAUUAAUCCAGCUACGUACUUUUCUUCAUAGCAUUAAUUACGUAGCCUGUUCCAGUACUUCACGCCCGUCUGCGUUAGUCUAGCAUGCAUUUUCAGCCAUCUCGAUCUCCAAGGUGUUGGCCCAGCUGCCGACACAUCAGUAUGGAAA